GCAUAGAGCCUUUUGUCCUCACAGACUCGCCGUAGCAGACAGAUGCGCUGCUGAAAGAUGUCAAAUCUUGGAAAAAUGGCAAAGGUGGUUAUGCCCAUGGCAGUGCCCGGAGCACUUGGCUUGAUGUCUGCCACUGUUUUUGCUGCAAGCAAUGCCAAAGAAAACAGAGCCAUCUUGAUGACUGAUGAGCUCUCGCUGUAUGACACACCUGAGCCUCGGCUGAGGUACAAGGAGCCUGAUAUUGGCCCUGUUGAGCAGGGUGUGGCAUCUCUAAGAAAGACUGUCGAACCUUAUUUUUCAUGGUGUCAGGAAAGGAAACAGUUUGCUGUGGAUAAAGUACAGUCUUACUAUAAGACAGUUGAGCCUGGUGUGGAUUCCACUCAAAAUAUCAUACAGGAUAUACUUACAUUUUUGAAAGACCCUCCAUCUGAGUUCUACCCCAGCGUAGGCGUUAUUGGGUUCUCCGGAAUUCUGGGCCUUUUUUUCGCAAAAGGCAGCACAGUCAAAAGGCUGAUAUUUCCCACUGGGCUGAUGACUCUGUGUGCCUCUGUGUUUUAUCCACAACACGCCGCCUCUGCUGCCAGGACCACAAAGGACUGCAUGUACUCGUGGGGUUCGGAGGGGCGAGCUGUUGUGGAGGAGCUGCUGAGAGGAAAAUCAGCAUCCAAGGACAAAACUGAGAAGACACAGAAAUCAGACAGCCAAAAAUCAAGUUGAGACAAAGCAGCACAUUUUAGGAAGAGUUCCUGCUUUGCACCUGGAUUCUCUUAUCUGUGUACUGAUCAGUAUGGUGGUAUUUAUUACUCUAUUACAAUGUUGGCAGUGUUUACUGUAAUUGUAUUCAGCAACGUUUUGUGAACUAUAUAAAUGUACUUUUAUAUAUAAAUGCACAAUUUGGUAGCAACCAUUUGGACCAAGCUGAAAGACAGAAUCACCUGCAUGACUUGCACUGUGUGAAUCUGAAUGUUGCUGAAUAUUUAUUUACUUAUACAUCCAUUUCCAGAGCUUUCUACAUGAGUACUGGCUUGACUUUCUCCAGGGCUUUCAGUGUCACUAAACAAAGAUCCAAUUUAUAAGUUUUAUAAUAACUUAGGAUUUCACAAACCAUGAAUUUGGUCUGUGCAUAAAGAGACAUUUUGCCAAUUACAGCACCGUCCAGGAUCCCUUCUGUGAAUUCAGCAUUCCAAUUUUACCACAUUUACAAAUGUGAAUUUCACAUUUUUAUUAGAAUUAAAGCCUGAAUUAUUAUUUAAAUACAAGUUUUAAUAUUUAUUUUUCAGAUUUCCAAUACAUUAAAUUGGAUACAAAAAAGUUGAUUGAUAAGCUAAUCUUACAUAUACACUACAAAAUAUGACACGAGUACUACAAUAACUUCUUCUAGAGUACAUUACUGUUUGUUAUUAUAAUCAAUAACACUGAGUAUCUAAAAUAUUGAAUUAAAGAUCUAUAAACUGAGAAAUUGUGAGCUGUCUUUAGUUCUCCUUGAACACUGGAACGUCGGCCAGCUCACUCUUCAGCAGACAUUUUCAGAAGAUUCUCUUUAUCGAUCCUGAAAAGUCGCCAUCCCUCCUGCAGCGAGAGGUCUGAAGCCCCGCGACGCUUGUAAAAGUCGAUGGACGUCUUGUUGGAUUCAGCCACGAUGAAAUGCAUGCUGCUGCAACGAUUCUUCACCGCUGUCUGCAGGAGAAAACGGCUGUUCAAGUUAAUGCGCAACACAUCUAAAGACAACACAAAAUGCUUUGAGGUGUACCUUACGUUUGAAGCUAGUUGGGUUAAAUUGGAAAACCACCAAAAUAAAACUCAAUUCAUUCUU